AUGGCCGAUCAGCAGCUAGGAGUGUUAAAAGCACUCGAUGUUGCGAAGACGCAACUUUAUCAUUUCACGGCAAUUGUCAUCGCCGGUAUGGGUUUCUUCACGGAUGCCUAUGAUCUUUUCUGUGUGUCCUUGGUGACGAAGCUCCUAGGACGCCUCUACUACUUCAAUCCAGAGUCAGCAAAGCCUGGCUCCCUUCCCCCUCAUGUUGCGGCAGCAGUCAAUGGUGUGGCCCUCUGUGGGACUCUUGCUGGUCAGCUCUUCUUCGGAUGGCUUGGUGACAAGCUAGGAAGGAAAAAGGUCUACGGUCUCACUUUGAUCAUGAUGAUCGUGUGUUCUAUUGCUUCGGGUCUCUCCUUUGGAAACCAAGCCAAGGGUGUCAUGACCACUCUUUGCUUUUUCAGGUUUUGGCUCGGGUUUGGCAUUGGAGGUGACUACCCUCUUUCAGCCACCAUCAUGUCUGAAUAUGCUAACAAGAAGACUCGUGGGGCUUUCAUCGCUGCCGUCUUUGCUAUGCAAGGUGUCGUUUCCAUCGCCGACCUAUGA